GAAAAAUGGCGGCCUAGUUCCAAUGGAAAUCAGAGAACCCCAUUGUAAUUUCCCAGUUUAAACGCUCCGGGCCAUUCCAUUGUCCCAUUGACUGGGGGGCUUCAUGUCAACAUGGGCAGAACACCUCAGAAAGAACAAAAAAACAGCAAAAAGGAGAAAGCAAGGAGUAGCACUGAUGUAGCAGCCCCCCCGCAGACAGUUUACAAUGAGCCAUUCAGCUGGGAGUCUUACUUAAAGGAGACCUCCUCCAUGCCAGCGUCCCCAAGCUGUUUCAGACAAUCUAGAGUCCCUCCCACUAACGAUUUUAUAGUGGGUAUGAAAGUUGAGGCUCAUGACCCACGGAACUCCCCGUCUGUGUGCAUCGCCACGGUGAUGGGCCUGAUGGGAGUGCGUCUGCGCCUGCGCCUGGAUGGCAGCGACAACACCAACGACUUCUGGCGACUGGUCGACUCAUCCGACAUUCAGCCUGUGGGCACCUGUGAGAGGGGUGGGGACAUGCUGCAGCCACCUCUGGGGUUCAGGAUGAACGCCUCGUCUUGGCCCCUGUUUCUACUGCGGACGCUGAGUGGAGCUGAGGUGGCUCCAGCCUCGGCCUUUAAAAAGGAGCCACCCAAACCCCCACUGAACUAUUUUAAACCUGGUAUGAAGCUGGAAGCUGUGGAUAAAAAGAACCCCUACCUCAUCUGCCCCGCUACCAUCGGAGACAUGCGAGGAGACAAGAUCUUUGUCACGUUCGACGGCUGGCGAGGUGCUUUUGACUACUGGUGCAAGUACGACUCCAGAGACAUCUUCCCCGUGGGGUGGUGCCAGCUAACCAACCACAGCUUACAACCGCCCGGCAGCAGCUUCCCUCUUCCCAAGGCUGUGAUUCCAGCUCUGUGCCCGCCGGCCUCGUCUCGACGAUCCAUGCAGUCUCCGUACCGCCUGCCUCACCCGCUGCCACCCCUGCCUGUGCGGAAGGGGGUGCGCGGCCGCCGGCCCAAGAGCCAGACCAUUGCCAUGCUGAAGGCAGCCGCCGAAGCCGCCGCCCAGAGCGCCCAGGUGCAGGGAGGCGUGGGGAAAAGUGCUGACCCCACCCACAGCCACACCCACACCAGCGUUCAGCCCAGGCCGCAUAAGAAGAGAGGUCCCAAACCGGGCAGCAAGAGGAAACCGAGAGUCCUUCAGUCUCUAUCCAGCACGUCCAUGUCCUCUGUCUCAGAUGGCAGACUGUCCAGUCUACAGGUGACCAAAGACUCUGGAGUGGUGUCAACAGUGUGCGUGUACGUGAACAAGCACGGAGACUGCGGGCCGCACCUGGACCGGAAACUCAUGCUCCAGCUGCCGGAUCACUUCGGGCCGGGCCCGGUCAACACGGUGUUGCAGCACGCCGUGCAGGCCUGCGUGGACUGCGCCUACCAGCCCAAAGCCCUCUUCACCUUCCUGCAGUCGCAGUCUGACGGCGGCGAGAUCGUGCGAGUUCGUUCGGAUGGAGGGAUCCACUAUGUUAAGCUGCCUCGUGCCCCCAGUGCCUCAUUUGUGCUGCGCUUCCUGGAGACUCUGUGCCACCACCUGCAGUGUGACAGUCUCUUCAGCAGUCAGCCAUUCAGCCCCCUCCACACCAACACACAUGGCACCUACGACAGCGGCAAGUCAGUGAAGGAAGAGACGUCAGAAGCCGUAUCUAUAGCACAGGGUAGGAGACGCUUCACCAAAGACUCCUCCUCUUAUAAUGCCCCGAUGACAGCAAAGCCGCAGAGAACAGACAGCCACACUCUAGAAGAACCCCUCCCCCACGCUGAAGAUGGCUCUUCAACAGAGCAGCUUUUCUCCGAGGGGCCUAUGGACACAGGAGCUGCAGCGUCUCGGCCCCCUGCUCUGCGCAGCACCUCAGAGUACCGCAGCCCAGCUGGAAGCAGCCCACACUACACGUCCCAGCCUCCCCUUCUGCGCCGGGUCACCUCCAACCCAGCUGAGCUGGCUGCCGCACGCACCCUCAGACGAGUGGAAGCUGCAAGCUCUACCACUGGUCCCGAACACCAGGCAACAGAACGAGAGGCAUCCAAUAGGAGCCCAUCCUCCUGGAGUAUAGAGGAAGUGAUGCAAUUUGUGCGUGACGCUGACCCUCAGGCACUAGCUCCUCAUGCUGAGCUCUUCAGAAAACAUGAGAUUGAUGGCAAGGCUUUAAUGCUCUUGCGGAGUGACAUGAUCAUGAAGUACAUGGGUCUGAAACUGGGUCCUGCCCUCAAACUCUGCCAUCACAUCGAGAAACUCAAACAGGGAAAACAGUAGCAGGCUUGUCCUGAGCACGGCACAAAC